CGAGACGUUAUCUUCAGUCAACUUUGGAUAUGUUGCACUAACCUGAAUGUAAAGCAAGCUAUUUUAAAUUGCCAAAUGUCUGAGUGGCUGUCUAACAAAAAUACUAUUCACUAUAGCUAACUAGCGACAACGUUUCAGCUUCUUGGAUUAGGAAACACCAUGAAACACGUGCGCUGUCUAGCUACUGUAGCUACCUACCUGAAAUUCACAUCGCAUGUAAUAGAUAGUGUCAAUUUCACUGUCCUUAGAGGGAGUUUACACCUGAGGUUUAAACGGCCUAGACCACAGAACUGCAUUACUGACUGAAUCACAGCUUGUCCGUAUUACUUAGAUUUGGAUAGCCGUUCCAGUUGUAAUGGAGUUCUGUGGUCCAGUAGUUUAAACCUGAGGUUUGAACUCCAACUAAGCGCGCUGCAGUUGACCCGUAAUGUUUUACUGGAGACGGUGUUGCAUUGUACAUAUUGCACGUCAUGUGUCUGUUUUAUCAACAUUGUUUCUGCCACAGCAGUGUAAUUAACGGUAGAUUGGUUCGACAAACUAUUAGUUAGCCUCUGUAGCCUGCUAAAUGGCAUCCAUCCACCUGCUAGCACGAGUAAACCUACAUCAGUUCUACAUAACUGUGUACUUCAUAAUGUAGAAAAGGUGGUCAUAAAGGACGGAUGAGGACGUACACGAGCCCCGAGGAGAUAGACGCUCAAAUGAAAGCCGAGAAAGAACGGAAGAAGCAGGAGGAAGAGGAAGGAGCUGCAUUAAAUGACAGUCAGGUUGAGGAGAAAGCGGCAAAGUCUGACUCCGAAGACAGCGAAGAGGACAGCUCGCAGAAGAGGAAAGGAGUGGAGGGAUUGAUAGACAUUGAGAACCCGAAUCGAGUUGCGCAGAAAACAAAGAAAGUGACAGAGUUAGAACUGGAGGGCCCCCGACAGCUCUCCAGGAGAGAAAGAGAAGAGAUCGAAAAGCAGAAGGCUAAAGAGAGAUACAUGAAAAUGCAUUUAGCCGGGAAAACGGAUCAGGCCAAGGCAGACCUAGCGCGACUAGCGAUCAUCAAAAAACAGCGGGAAGACGCUGCGCGGAAGAAGGAGGAAGAGAGGAAAGCUAAAGAGGCCGCGGCAGCAGCAGCAGCAGCGGCGAAAGGGCUCCACACGCUGUGCCUCAAAUGAUGAAUAAUGCCCUGGGAGGCAUGUACUCCCGCACAUGGACUAAUGCAAAUGGAAUCUGUUCAUCUUACUAUUUUUUAAAAGAGAUCAUCUACGAAGGUUUUACAUGUAUUAUAAUUUAUGCUCAUUUGGGGACAUUGCGUAUGAGAGGGAUAUUCAGCAGUGUGAAUUUGAAAAGAUUCAAAAGGCAGAUGUUAUCUUUUCCAGGACUGUGUCUUGAAGGAGCUUUUAGAUGCUAAAGUUGUUUUUCAGGAAUAACACUCCAUUCUCCUCCUGUAAAUACUAAAGCACAUAUAUUUCUUAAUAUAUCAUCCUUCUAUAUUGACAUUAUUUUCUUUCCUGGUCAUCCUGAAAAAGUAAUUUACAACAUUUCUGAAGUCUGCACGAUACACUCACUCGUAGCAUCACAAAAGUACUGGCAUGCAGUACAAAAAGAUCAUUGGUAUCCUUUCAUGUUAUGACAUUUGCUCAUUAUGAAGAAAUGCGUUUUCAGAGUUCCUUAACUUGUACAAAUUCACAGCCAUGUGAUUCUGCUGAAUUGGACACUUCCUGUUGAAUAAAUUGGGGAAUGUGAGUCUGUAUUUUCAUUAGCAUGUUGAUGGUUUAAAUCUCUGUCUGGUGUCUUGCAGAGAAAAACAGACUCAUGUCAUUCCACUGCACUGGAGGCACGUGUGCAUUCAUGGUGCUGGUAUCAUGUAGUUCUGUGGUUAGAAAUAUUUUAUGCGCCCCUAGUUUUAGUUAUAACAGGAUUCCUUGGGUCCCCUGUUUCAUGUAUCCUGAUUGUGGGAUACACAAAACUGUUUGAGAUUGUGCUUCAAAGUUUAUUCAAAAGGUUUGUUUGUAUUGUACAGUACAUACAUGAAACAUUUUUUUUUAAAUGGCUUCUUUCCGUAUUUAACUAAUAGUACUUAAAACACCAUAUAAGUAGAGGAAGUGAUCUUUGUGGACAAAAAAGAUUGUAGCAGUUCCCAGUACUGUUUCGGUAAGCAAUUAACUACUGUAUCUUUCUAGCUUAGUGGACGUAAGUCCCAACAGAUCAAAAACAAAGUUUUGAUCUCAACAAUUUAUACGGUGGUUUGCGGUUUAAAUGUAAAAUAGUAUUGUGAGAUAAUAUUUAUCCUCUUUUAUUGUUUUAAACGAAAAUACACGGACAAUUUGCAACCAAAAUGUGACGUGCGUUAAGAUGGAAAGGUAUAAUGUAUGGAGUCAGUUUGACCCCAUUCACUGUUUGAUGUCUCUUAAAAACCAGUUCACCUUUUUUCAUCUUGAUACUGUAUGCAGUCAACAUGAUACUGUGUUUUCAAAAUCCUGUACCAACUUUAUGUGAAAACAUCUUGUUUGGGGUCAUGUUAUUUGUAGGUAUAUAAAACCUAAAAUUAACAACUUUUUUAAUCUGA